GCGAGUGCGCUCACCAAAAGCAAGCCCUUUCCUUUCUCUGGCCACCUCCAAACUUUUCACUAGCUGAAUCUACAUUUUGUACAAAUCUUUUAUUGCCUUUUUACCACGGCUGAAAGCGCGUAUACACAUACCACCAAGGCUUUGAAAUAAGAAAAGAAAUAUGUCGGUUGUCGGAUUUGACGUCGGAAACCUCCAGUCGGUUAUUGCGGUGGCGCGUAACCGCGGUAUCGAUAUUGUGGCUAACGAGGUGUCGAACCGGGCUACUCCCAGCAUGGUGUCGUUUGGCAGCAAGCAGCGGUACAUUGGCGAGAGCGCAAAGAACCAGGAGAUGAGCAACUUCAAGAACACGGUGAUCGGGCUCAAGCGCCUGAUUGGGCGGUCGUUCAACGACCCUGAGGUUGCAGAGUUUGAGCAGCAGUUCAUCGGGGGCAAGCUGUGCGACGUUAACGGCGAGGUUGGUGUCGAGGUGAGCUACCUGGACGAGGUGACCAAGGUGAGCGCGACCCAGCUGUAUGCGAUGUAUCUGGGCAAGCUGCGCGACAUCACGGCGAAGGAGCUGAACGGCUCAGUCUCCGAUGUUGUGAUCUCGGUGCCGGGCUGGUACACCGACCGCCAGCGCCGUGCUGUGCUGCAGGCGAGCAAGAUUGCCGGGCUGAACCCGCUGCGGCUGAUCAACGACAACGCGGCGGCGGCGCUGGGAUAUGGCAUCACCAAGACGGACCUGCCCGAGGACAAGGCGCGCAACGUUGUUUUUGUGGACCUGGGCCACAGCUCGUUCUCGGUGUCGGUUGUUGCCUUCAAGAAGGGCGAGCUGACGGUCAAGGCUGUUGCGUACGACCGCAACGUUGGUGGCCGCAACUUUGACAAGGCGCUGCUGGACCACUUUGUGCAGGUGUUCAACGAGAAGUACAAGAUCGAUGUGCGCACCAAGGACAAGGCGAUGGUGCGCCUGCUGGCGGCGUGCGAGAAGCUGAAGAAGAUUCUGUCGGCCAAUGCAUCGGCGCCGAUCACGGUCGAGAACCUGAUGAACGACAUUGACGCCAGCGCCAUGUACUCGCGUGACGAGUUCGUGGAGCUGAUUGAGCCGCUGCUGCAGCGCCUGGAGGCCCCGAUCAAGCAGGCGAUCAGCGACGCGAACCUGUCGGCGGACGAGAUCCACUCGAUCGAGCUGGUGGGCGGCUCGAUCCGUAUCCCGGCGGUGAAGAAGCGCCUGACUGACUUCUUUGGCCGCGAGCUGUCCUACACGCUCAACCAGGACGAGGCAGUUGCUCGCGGCUGCGCGUUCCAGUGCGCGAUUGCGUCGCCGGUGUUCCGGGUGCGUGACUUUGCCAUCCACGACGUCACAGCGCACCCGAUCCGGUUCCAGUGGGAGGCGUCGCAGGGCAGCGACGACACGCAGCUGGAUGUGUUUGGGCGGUACAACACGAUCCCCAGCACCAAGAUGCUGACGUUCUACCGCAAGCAGCCGUUCACGAUCGAGGCGUACUAUGCCGACCCGGCUCACCUGCCGCAGGGCACCAACCCGUGGAUCGCGCGGUUCGACGUCAAGAACGUCGAGGCGACGGCGACGGGCGAUCUGUCGACGAUCAAGGUCAAGGCGCGGCUGGACCAGAGCGGCGUGCUGAACAUCACCAGUGCGUACACGGUCGAGGAGAUUGAGGUUGAGGAGCCGGUGCCGCAGGCGGAGCCCAAGGAGGGCGAGGAGGCGGCGGCUCCCGAGAUGCGCAAGGUGAAGAAGCUGCAGAAGAAGGCGGAUCUGCCGGUGUCGCAGGCGUCGCAGUGCCUGGACAACGAGACGCUGACAGCGCUGGCCAAGAAGGAGCAGGAGAUGCACAAGACGGACGCGCUUGUGUUUGAGACGGAGCACGCCAAGAACUCGCUGGAGGAGUACAUCUACGAGAUCCGCGGCAAGGUCGAGGGCGACUGCUCGGCGUACGUGGACCCGAGCGAGCGCGACGGGUUCCUGUCGCGGCUGAUGGAGGCCGAGGACUGGCUGUACGAGGACGGCGAGGACACGACCAAGGCGGCCUAUGUGGAGAAGCUGGCGACGCUGAAGGCUGUCGGCGAUCCGAUUGUGGAGCGGUCGCGCGAGGACCGCGAGCGGCCGGUGGCGGCGCGCGAGCUGCGCGAAAUCAUCGAGCAGUGGGCCGAGCGCGCGAUGUCGCAGGAGGAGCGGUAUGCGCACAUCACCGAGGAGGAGCGCCAGCGGGUGAUUGACCGCAUCGAGAAGGUGCAGAACUGGCUGGACGAGAAGCUGGAGAAGCAGAGCCUCAAGAAGAAGUGGGAGGCGCCGGUUGUGUUUGCGCACGAGAUCCGCACGCAGAAGCAGGAGCUGGUGUACUUUGCCAGCCCGAUCAUGUCGCGGCCCAAGCCCAAGGAGGAGCCCAAGCCCGAGGAGCAGGCGGCAGCGGGCUCUGGCACGGCCACGCCCAACCCGGCCGAGGAGAAGCCGGACCAAGCCCGCCGAGGAGAUGGACGUCGACUAAAUUUUCAUUGUUCCCACCCCAAGAAACGAAUAGAACCUUCCUCUCUUUUUUCCGCUUUCUCGACGUGCCACACGGGCCCCACCACACGCAGCCGUUGAUGCCGUGGUUGGAGAAAAUGCACCUGAUUAUUGAGGAGCGCACCACCUGGUCUGCCCUUGCUGAUCAUCGGCUGCUGGCGUGGCCACCUCUUGUCCAGCUCGGCACCAUUUUAUUUUUUUCAGUUCCUCUUGUUCGACUAGUCUAUCUAUUUUUAAGAUUAGGCUAAUUUUGCAGACAGAGAAUGGCAGCAAAGGUAUCAAAGAAGACGUCCGGGGCGUCGCUGCGAGGCACAGAGAGCCCGUCGAAGCUUCGGCAUC